UCUAGUCACUUAUUAGUACAAAAUACUCCUCCCAAUCUCUUCUCUCUUGCGCUUCGAAGCACGCUGCUGCGCAGCUCUGUAAUCUGCUAUUUACAAGCUUGUUAGUAAUGGGUAAGGGACCGAAGCGGCAGAAGAAAGACAUCAAAAAUCCUAAAGAGAAAACUCGAGAUGAGUAUUUCCCGGAGGAAGAUAUGGAUGACGAAGUUGAUGCAUUUCAUAAGCAGAGGGAUGUAGUUCCGCUGGACGUGGGUGUGGAUGAGGAUUUUGGAGCAUCUGAUGAUGAUGACGAGCAGCCUGUCUUUGAUUUUGAGGAUAAUGAUGAUGAUGAUGAUGAUGAUACACAACUUACUGGCCUUGCAGCAAAAAUUGCAAGGCAGCAAAGGUUUUUACGGCAAAGGAUUGGUGGAGUUGAGGAUGAACUGCAUGAUGAUGUUGAAGAUGAGGAUGAAAAGAAGGCUGUAUGGGGUAGGUGGAAGGACCUGUACUAUAAUGCAGAUAAUGCUGAUUAUGAGCUACAAUCAAGUGAUGAGGACCUCCCUGCGGAGGAAGAAGCAGAGGUUUUGAGAUUGCAGAAAGAGAAGGCUAAAUCUCUUUCAAUGGAAGAUUUUGGCCUUGAAGAUGCUGAGCAGGAUGAGAGUGAUUCUGAUGCAGAACCAAAAGUGUUAGAGGAUAUUUUGUUUAAAGGGAGGUCCUCGGCAAAGCCUCGUGCAAAUAAAGAAGCUGAAGAUGACACUGGGACAGCUUACGAGGAGGUCAAAAAAGACAUUAAUGCUUUGUCAAGAGAGGAACAAAUGGAUGUUGUUUAUAGUUCCGCUCCAGAGUUGGUUGGUUUGCUGUCAGAACUGAAUGAUGCUCUUGAUGAACUCGAGAGGAAAGUGAAUCCACUUCUAACCAAGGUAGAAGAGAGUAAAACCACUGGCAGAGGAGGUCUGCAGUAUUUGAAGACAAAACAGCUUCUAUUGUUGACUUAUUGCCAAUCUAUUGGUUUUUAUCUUCUUCUCAAGUCUGAGGGCCACCCAGUUCGUGAUCAUCCAGUCAUUGCUCGACUUGUAGAGAUCAAGAGUUUGUUGGAGAAGGUGAAGCAGCUUGAUGAGAAUCUUCCUCCUGAAAUUGAAAAGAUUCUCAAUAAAUCUGGUGGGAUGGACUCAGGAGCAAAGGUCAUGGAAGAUGUCACAUUGACUUCUAAACCCUCCACUGCAGAUCACAAAUUAUCUUCCACCUCAACGGCUGAAAACCAUGAAGUAGCUAUGCCGCAUGAAACAACUGAACUGGUAGGGGAAGGCUUUUUUAAGGGUCAUGUCAACAAAGAAGAGAAACGCAAGCGUCAGAAUGAUCAAGUUGCCGUGCAAAGCAUAGAAAUGCUGAAAGUAAGAGCGAGACUUGAAGAAAAGCUGAAGCAGAAAGGUGUUUUUAGGUCUGUAGCACCAAAGCCAGAUAGAUCUAUAGAACAUCUUGUGCAACCAGUGAACAGGAAGCUUGAAACAUUGGAUGAUUUUGAUGAUGAGGUUAUCGAUAAGGAGGCUGGAGCGCGUGGUUUGAAUGAUGGACAUGCAAAUUUGGCAUGCUCAAUGUCACAACUUGUUGCUGCAAAUGUGAAUAAAUCCAAGGUUGUUUCUGGUGACGAUGAUGUACCCAAGAGGGAUGAUAUUGGAGAAAGACGAAGGAAGCAUGAACUCCAAGUUCUUGCAAGAGCUGGGGUUGAGUUAAUGGAUGAUGAUGAUCUCAGAGAUCAGGAGGAUGAACAAGCUGAGUUGGAUGCUAAUUUUGAUGAUGAUGAUGAUGAUGGUGAAGGAGGGAAAUCAGAAGGGUCAGAAGAUGAAUUUUAUAAACAAGUGAAACAGCAACGGUCUGCAAAACUUUCUGCCAAAGCUGAGCUGUAUGCAAGAGCCCCGAAAGUCCCAUUGUUACCAGAAACAGAAGUUGUAGAUGGUAAACGUCAUAUUACCUACCAGAUGGAAAAGAAUAGAGGACUCACUCGUGCUCGGAAGAAGCUUACCAAGAACCCAAGGAAGAAAUACAGGUUGAAGCAUAAGGAUGCAGUUGUGCGUAGGAAAGGGCAGGUGAGGGAGGUCAAAAAGCCAAGUGGCCCUUAUGGUGGGGAGGUAUCUGGUAUCAAUGCUGGAAUCAGUCGGAGCAUCAGAUUCAAAAACUAACUGCCUUUAGAGUUUUUCCUUUCUGUUUUGUUUUUUUUAUUUACUUCAUGGUCAGAUCCGUCUGGUAUGUCCACCAGGUCCAAUUUUGUUGUAGCAGUUUUGUUCUUCUAUCCCAUCUAUAAGAA